UUAUAAAAGGAGAAAGUAGUUGAGUGAGUAACGUCACUACAUCGCAUUUUAUGUUGCUGUGGCACAUCUCGAACUGUCACCACCACCACCACCACCACCACCACCACCACCACCUUCAUUGACGACAACAACAGCAACAGCAAGUAAGGCCCAAAACAGGAACAGUUCUAUGGUUUAGUCUGUCUUCCCUUCUAACACCACCACCACCACCGCAACCGCAACCACCACCACCACCGCAACCACCACCACCACCACCGCAACCACCACCACCACCAUUAGCAACACCACGAACCAUUACAACGACGACGACCACUACCACCACCACCACGACCACCACCACCACUUCAUCAACAAUACCAAGAACACCAUGAAUAACUACAACACCUAAAACAACAAUAUAAAAAAAUCAUCAGAAGCAGGGACACUGAUACCACCUCCUCCGCCGCCGCCGCCAUCACAACAACAACAACAACAAUAUCGACAAGUUGUAACAAUAGUGUGAAUCUAAUAUUGAGUGAUAAUGAAUUUAAAGCAACAACGAUAAUACCCAAUAAUAUCGAUAACAAUUGCAACAACAACAAACACGGCUAACAACAAAAAAAGAUUUUAAACAGCUUCCACUAGAGCCAUCAUCAUCAUCGUCAUCAUCACCAUCAUUGUCAUCGCUAUCGUCAUCAUCAUCAUCAUCAAUAAUUAACAGUCAACUAGAACCAAAUACUUCUUACGAUUACUAUUAUUGAAGAAAAAGAAGAAAAAAGGAGAAGAAGAACAACAACAUGAUGCGUUUACUAUUUACCUUGGUCUCACUAACCAUUCUCAGUUCUACCCAGUGUAAUAAAAUAGACUACUAUCCAGCAAUGAGAGAUGAAGUGGCUAAUCUUUACAAGAAAAUCCACCCUUGGUCAUACAUCCCGUGGAACAUCAUCGAUUUACCUUUUCUCUACAAGGAACCGCCGCAGAAAACGUUACCUGAUUUUUCAAGUGAUGAAAUAUAUUUCGAUGUCGGUCUCGGCAAAAGAGGUUCACCUUUCUCUCUUGACAUUGCAAAGAGACGUGAAAAGCCGCUUUUGACUAAAGGAUUGCUUCUAAAGAAACUAGAAUUGCUUGCACAAAGAGCUCACCACCUCGAACUUCCUGAAGAUAAUGAUAAGAGAAGACAAAGUCUUGCACAUUCAUAGGGAAAUAUUUCGAAAGGAAAAUAGAAAAAUAAAACUAUGAUAUUUAACAGAAAAAAAA